UUAUUAGUUUAGAGAUUUUUUAGUACAUUUCGUUCACUCCGCCGCUGGCAAAGAGACAACUAAAUUGUUGAAAGGCAUUAAUAAUGUCAACACAGCAGUAGAGCAAUUAAUUGCUAAAAAUCAACACUCAAUUGAAUACAAUCAGCGAUGGAUUUCACGACCUUCGUUAAGCCUUCAAAUGGCGGAGCCACUGAAAGUAAUGACACAAGCAAACUACAAUUUUGGAAACACGUCAAAUACAUUGAGAAUCAUGGCAAACAGGAGGAUGACUACGAAUACUGCAUGACCGAGUUCCUGCGUAUGUCCGGCAUCUUUUGGGGUGUCACAGCGCUGGAUAUAAUGGGCCAGUUGGAUCGUCUAGAUCGCAAGUCCAUCAUUGAGUUCGUGAAGCGCUGCCAGUGCCCGUCCAGCGGCGGCUUCGCCCCCUGCGAGGGACACGAUCCACACAUGCUGUACACGCUGUCUGCUAUCCAGGUGCUGGCCACCUACGAUGCGCUGGACGAAAUCGAUUGUGAUGCUGUGGUACGUUUUGUAGUCGGUCUGCAGCAGCCUGAUGGCAGCUUCUUUGGCGAUAAAUGGGGCGAGGUGGACAACAGGUUUAGUUUCUGUGCAGUGGCCACGUUGACUCUGCUCAAGCGAAUGGAGCAGACCAUUGAUGUAGAGAAGGCGGUCAAGUUUGUCAUGUCAUGCUGCAAUCAGACGGAUGGUGGUUUCGGCUCCAAGCCGGGCGCUGAGUCACAUGCUGGACUCAUCUAUUGCUGCGUAGGCUUUCUGUCGCUCACACAGCGGCUGCAUCUGCUGGAUGUAGACAAGCUGGGUUGGUGGCUCUGCGAACGACAACUGCCCUCGGGCGGACUCAAUGGUCGCCCCGAAAAGCUGCCCGAUGUCUGCUACUCCUGGUGGGUGCUCUCAUCGCUUACGAUUAUGGGACGCUUGCAUUGGAUUAGCUCUGAGAAACUGCAACAGUUUAUACUCUCGUGUCAGGAUACAGAGACAGGCGGCUUCUCAGAUCGCACGGGCAAUAUGCCCGAUAUAUUCCACACGCUCUUCGGGAUCGGCGGCCUCUCCCUGUUGGGCCACUCCGGCUUAAAGGUCAUCAAUCCGACGCUCUGCAUGCCGCAGUAUAUUAUCGAUAGGCUGGGCAUUCAGCCACAAAUGGUGAAUCAAGCAUAAAAGUCAGGAAAACGAUAUUAAGACAAAAGCUAUAGCCAAUGUUAAAUGAUUAAUUUAUAUAACGGAUACCUUAAAGAGCCCAAAAAGUAACGAUUCAUGUAGAGUCUAAACAAUGUAAAACAAAAGUUCAUUUCUAUGUUAGCUACUUUACUUCAACAAUUUUUGCUUGUUAUGCAUUUAUAUAUAUGUUUUGAUAAACAAGCCAUGAAAACAUUUUUUAUAUUUGUA